UGCUGAGCUUUGAGCUCUGCCGACCGUCGAGGUCUCUUUAAUGCAUGCUCCGUCUGGCUGCCGCCGCCUGCCUCUGUUGCUGGGAGUGACGUCGGUGCAGUGAUUCAGCCGCUGCCCCUCACACAUGCAGCCAGCUCACUCAGCGAUGUGCCGCACCGCCGCACCUCGGGCAGCAGCGCUGCGAGCGACCCGCGGGCACGCACAAAGGGCUUGAGCCCGGCUUCUUGCACCGGCCCACGCUCCGCUCCGCUCCGGUCCGGCGGCCGGGGGAGGGGGGUGAGACGGAGAGGAGAGGCGGGACAAAAGAAAUGCAAGGGGAGAUGGUGCAGUGAGAAGAAGCACAUGGAGGCUAUGCAUCAGGCAGCCGAGCGUUAGGCCGAGAGGAAGGAUAAUGAACGCAGACUUGCAGAACACAUCCCGUGAACAUGGUCGUUGGCUGGCUCAGUCGGCCGAGAACACCUCUGCAGCGGGCGCCUCGGUGGUCCCGUUCCCGGACAGCGUGAAUCCUUGGGAUAUCCUGCUCUGCACCUCGGGCACUGUCAUCUCCUGCGAGAACGCCGUGGUGGUGGUGACCAUCUUCCACAGCCCCAGCCUCCGAGCCCCCAUGUUCGUUCUGAUCGGGAGCCUAGCCGUGGCAGACCUCCUGGCCGGCGUCGGGCUGAUCGCCAACUUCGCCUUCGCCUACCUGCUGCACUCAGAGGCGGUCAGGCUGGUGACCGUGGGGCUGGUGGUCGCCUCCUUCUCCGCCUCCAUCUGCAGCCUGAUGGCCAUCACCAUUGACCGCUACCUCUCGCUCUAUUAUGCACUGACUUACAACUCAGAAAGGACGGUCACCUUCACCUACGUCAUGCUCGUCGUGCUGUGGGGGGUGUCCACCUGCCUGGGAUUUCUCCCCGUCCUGGGCUGGAACUGUCUGCAGGAUGAGUCCACCUGCAGCGUCAUCAAGCCGCUGACCAAAAACAACGUGGCCGUGCUCUCCGUCUCCUUCCUGCUGAUGUUCGCGAUGAUGCUCCAGCUCUACAUCCAGAUCUGUAAGAUAGUGAUGAGGCACGCCCAUCAGAUCGCCCUGCAGCACCACUUCCUGGCCACGUCCCACUAUGUGACCACCAGGAAAGGAGUCUCCACCUUGGCCAUCAUACUGGGCACCUUCGCUGCUUGCUGGAUGCCUUUCACCGUUUACUGCUUGAUAGCGGAUUACACCUACCCGUCCAUCUACACCUACGCCACCCUGCUCCCAGCCACCUAUAACUCUAUCAUUAACCCUGUUAUCUACGCCUUCCGAAACCAGGAGAUCCAGAAGGCACUCUGGCUCAUAUGUUGCGGCUGCAUUCCUCCCAACAUCCUACUACGAGCGCGGUCCCCCAGCGACGUAUAAUGAAUUGCUGCUGGAGCUACUUAAAUAACAGUACGUUUCUCAGGCAAUUCCUUGUUGGUGUCCGUGCAUCGCAAUUUAUUAAAAUGCUUCUUAGACUUGUUACCUUCAGGUUUAUUCUCCAGGGCCGGUGAGUUUUCCACGAGCUGUCCUAGGAGGGGUGCCGACCUCGACCAUUUCCCCUUCCAAUGUCAUUUCCCGUGCCACUUUCGGGUUAAAAACUACAAAAUAUUACCGCGGCUACCGUUUUUAUCUUGCUGAUGUGUUAUGUAUAAAUAUUUUAUUGUGUUUAAAUUAUUUGAAGAUGGUUGUCUCCGUUUCUAAACUAUGAAACUAUUUAAGUUAUUUCGUUUUCUAUACAUAGAGCAAUACUGUAAUACAUCACUACAUAUACUUGUCAGGACUUUCGAUUCCUUGAUGUUUCAAUGUGAAGGAUCUUAAUGUGUUAACAAUAUAAUUGGUUCCUGAGAUGAUGUAUUAUACUUUCAAUAAACAAAAGUUAGAAAGAGAACGUAUCACUAUCUAAUAUUUUAAGAAAAGUAUCGUUAGUUUUAUUAUGUGAACAGCAGAUCUUAAACUGGUUGAAACUUUGUUUUCCUACUCCUUUGGAUGUAGUUUUAAGAAACUUACUGUUAGAAUUAUUAACUGACAUUAUGUAUGGGGUGGGGUUGGGAGGAGAAAGAAGCACAUUUUAAAAAUAACCAACCAGAAAUGGCCUCUUUACUGGCUUAAUUGUUGCUUGCAAUCAUUGUACUGCUUUGGACUCUAUGCCCGUUCUCAUUUAUUAGGUUAUACUUUGUUCGAAAUCCCUGAGCACUUGAGCUAUUAUUUGACAAUAAUUUAUGCUCUGGACCCACAGCCAUUAUAAAACAUUUUUUUAAAAAAGGAAACGAAGGCAUUGCGAAUGUUUUGUUGUACUCUAUUUGCAUUUGAACACUUUCUAUUCCAUCUUUAAAUUAACAAAAUGACAUUGAAAUCAAAACCCUCUGGAAUGAAUCAAGAACAUAAUUUCCUAAAAUAAAACUACAACCAAUAAAAGGGACCAUGCAUAUCGUAUGUAACAUAAUAAAAUAUUAUUUAAAAUCCACAGAAAUAUUUAUUAUUAUGUCACUUAGUUGCACUUUAUUUCACAGGUGGCAAUGAUUUCUUACAUGGAAACUGGUACUAAGUCAUUGCCACUUCAUCAUCCAUGUCAUUUCUAUCCUGCAAUAUAGAUUUUCCUUUAUUGAACAACUGAACAUUGCCAGCAAGAAUCUAAAAUGAUAGAUAUCAUUGGUAAAUUACUUUUUAUAGUAAGUAAAGUAAUGUAGUGCGAGGUUGUAAGUAGUGUUUGUAAGUAUAUAAAAUACUUAAAUCUAGUCUAACAUCUAAUAUCAGGUGUGAGAGGAGGUUUGCUGUUGUCUGUUUAUAGCUGUCAAAAUGCAACUGAACAAUAAAUGUAAGAGCACCAUGUUAUGUGGAAAUGUGUUUUUUUAUAUAUUAAUAGUGAAAUGCACUUUAUUUUGGCAAAAAAAGGCACAAUCAUGUCAUAUAGAAAAGGAAACAGCACUGAUUCUUCUUACAUUCUCCUUUUAUCAUUUGAAUGAAAAUAAUUUUCAUUGUAAAUUGUUAUUAAUUUUCUAUACAUAAAAUGUGAUGAAAUAAAGUCAUUUCUUAAAGAA